AAGAAUGCUUCCUGCAUUCCCCAAGCUACCCCACCCAUGACCCCUGAUAAAGGCCCCGGCCCCUGGGCCCUGGCACUUGCUCUCGCCCUGCACCCUGGCCACACUUCAGACCUAGGAGGACCUCGUGUGGAGCUCUGGGCAACACAGCCUCCCCCUCUAGGACCUCGCCUAGCAGCCAGGACCCUGCGUGGAGAUGCAAGCUCCGGGGGCGCCCGUGGUCGUGGUGACUCAACAACCCACAUUCCGGGCUCCGCAGAACUCCAACUGGCAGACGGGCGUAUGUGACUGCUUCAGUGACUGCGGGGUCUGUCUUUGUGGCUCAUUUUGCUACCCGUGCCUUGGAUGUCAAGUCGCAGCUGACAUGAAUGAAUGCUGUCUUUGUGGAACAUCUGUGGCCAUGAGGACUCUCUACCGGACCCGAUACGGCAUCCCUGGGUCCAUUUGUGAUGAUUAUAUGGUGACCCUUUGCUGUCCUUACUGUUCUGUUUGCCAAAUCAAGAGAGAUAUCAACCGAAGGAGAGCCAUGAACGCUUUCUGAAGGACCAUGGUCAAGAGCUCAUAUUUGAAGCAAAUAAAAUCAGCACAUCCCUUCAGCUUGCAUGGUUCUCCUUUUGUACCUGAAAUACGAUGAAUCCCCUGAACCCAUGGAUGUCACGAAAAAAAUCAAAGUUUUGAAUGAAGUUGUCUGAAUUUUGUUAAACGGUCCAGCCCCGUUUGUUCUUGCUUUUGUAUUGUCACAAUUUUUGGCUUACAUAUUUUAAAAAUGAGAUUUAAACUAUAAACCGAAUCUCAUUUUACUAACAAAGUUCUCGAUGCUUCUUUCCUCUCACCAGAAUGUCUUUGUCACUAGUUAAUUUCAAAGGUCAAUUUCAUAAUUUUGUUCUCAUACUUCAGUGUCAAAGCAGGAGAUUCUGGUCCACAGCAACUCAAUAGCAUCCCACAGCGCCCCAUACCAGAACACGAAGUUCAUGUCCUCGCUGUUCUCUUCUGGUCCAGCUUCCUGCUAAUGCGCCUGGGAAUGCAGCGGGAGAUGGCCCACUGCUACCCACGUUGGGAGAUCCAGACGGAGCUCCUGGCUCCUGGCUUUGGCCCAGUCCCGGCUGUUGUGGCCAUCUGGGGAGUGAACCAAUGCAUGAACGACCUCUCCCUACCCCUAUUCCCAUACAUCACUCUGCCUUUCAAAUAAAGAAAUAAAUCUUUUUUAAAAGAAAUCCUACAGAUAACUAUCCUAAGACAGUUACGGUACAUUUAGCUAAUACUUCCGCACCUGUUCACAUUGCUAAUGCGGACAACGUGAGACUUUAUGCCAAAAGCACACUAUGUCUUUCUUCCCAACUGCACAUCUGAGGGUGUGUGAUGUCGUUGAUUUCCCUUCCCUUUUGAAUGUGAAUUAUCAAGGCAAGUAAUAAAAAUUCAAUUACUAAAUUCA